CCUCCAUGAACAAUUGGUUGCAAUCUCCCCAACUCUCAAGUCCCAAGAUGAGGUCAACGACAUGUUACCAGAUAAGGCCCAGUAUCAGAUCGCAGAAGCAGUGAAUGAGUUGUUGGGAUUCAAUGGUCGAAAUCCAGAUCCAAAAUGGUAGAGAAAUUAUGUACCGUGGCCUCCGUCCUCAAGAAGCUGCCCGCCUCUCUGACCUCAAUCCCGACGACGAAACUGUCUACCAAAUUGUCCAGCCCGUCAAUACAGAAGGAAUCUACCUCGCCACACUUCGCAAGAGAUCCAAUCUACCCCAAGUCACCGUAACGAACGUAAUCAAACGCCUCGAAUCAAAACAAAUGAUCAAACAAGUCAAAAAGGUCGAGAAACCAACCCAAAAGUGGUACAUGUUGUACGAUUUGGAGCCUAGUGCGAGUUUGAGUGGCGGUGUGUUUUACAGUGAUGAUGGGUUGGAUGAGGGGUUAAUAUUGGGGUUGAGUGAGGGGAUAUUGAAGUUUUUGAAAGACCGGGCGGCGGGGGAUAAGAUCCGGGCGACGCAUUAUGUGCCAGAUUAUACCAGGUGCUACCCCAACGCGACUGAAAUCCAUGAAUGGGUCAAUAACAUGGGAAUCACGAAUACCGAACUCACAGUGUUGGAUAUCAUGCAGUUGUUGGAUGUCUUGAUCUACGAUGGAAAGAUUGAGAAGAGGCCAGAUGGGAUGACAUAUUCUGCUGUACGUGACUUCAAUAAGAUAGCGCAGAAUGCAUUUGUGGAGGCGCCGUGUGGGAAUUGUCCGGUGUUUGAUGUUUGCAAGGAGGGUGGACCGGUGAAUCAUGGGAGUUGUGUGUAUUACCAGGAGUGGCUCGGUGAUUUGGGGAAUAGAGAGGAGGAGAUCUUCUGA